CUGCAGGUUGGCCAUUUCAUUGGUUGAAAGCACAGUCAGAUUCUCCAGCGAAAUUAUCUGAUUGAAAAUCAGCGAGGGGAGAAAAAGAGAGAGCAACAAGUGUGAUGGUUUUAGGCUGCUUUGCUUUUGUGACUUUUAAGGAAAGGAUUUUACUCCGCAGAGCCGCUUCACACCAGGACAUUAUUACUAUUAUUAUUAUUGUUAUUAUUAUUGUUAUUAGUAGUAGUAGUAGCCUAUUAUUGGGGCCUACUGCACGUUUCAUUUCGACGGGGACCUGUUGAGUUAACGGAUCAAUAUGCCCCGGUCAUUUCUGGUGAAAAACAAAAGGUGCACGUCCUAUAAUGUUCACCGAUCAUAUGAAGACGAGCCGAAGGCCCCCACAAGUACAGAAGACCCACUAGAGGUCCAGAGCACGGACUCUGAAGACAGGCCUCGGUCGGAGGGGCAGUCUUCCCCUGUGGACCACUGCUCUUUCGAAAAGGACGAGGCAGAGCUUGAAUGUCCCUUACCUGCUCACCCAGAGCCAACCCGACCCCCCAUGGCUCCCACGCAGCCAUACUACCUAAAUGAGCCUCACAUGGCCGGAUUCCCUCCCUACUACAAGCCGCCGUACGCCUGGGAGCCGGUGCCUUCCUCCUACAAGCUCCGUCAGAUGAGUUUUAGCCCCACAGUGCUGCAGCACGCCAGCAAUCUGUACGGCAGUCACAUCAGCCGCAGCCCGCAGCCUCCGCAGCCUCUGGACUGCAGCACGCACUACUCCCCCACCUCCAACACCUACCACUGUAUCACCUGCGAGAAGGUGUUCUCAACGCCCCACGGGCUGGAGGUUCACGUCAGGAGGUCGCACAGUGGAACCAGACCUUUUGGCUGCAGCAUCUGCAGGAAGACCUUCGGCCACGCAGUCAGUCUGGAGCAACACAUGAAUGUCCACUUGCAGGAAAAGAGCUUUGAGUGCAAGAUGUGUGGCAAAUCAUUCAAGCGCUCCUCCACUCUCUCCACGCACCUGCUCAUCCACUCGGACACAAGGCCUUACCCCUGCCAGUACUGCGGCAAGAGGUUCCACCAGAAGUCUGACAUGAAGAAACACACGUACAUUCACACCGGUGAAAAGCCCCACAAGUGCCAAGUGUGUGGUAAAGCGUUCAGCCAAAGCUCCAACCUGAUCACCCACAGCAGGAAACACACGGGCUUCAAACCGUUUGGAUGCGACAUUUGCUCCAAGGGCUUCCAGCGUAAAGUGGAUCUCCGCAGGCACCACGAGACCCAGCACGGCAUGAAGUGAAGAGGAAGCCAGACCAGAGCCUGUGUUAAUGUGUAUAAUACAUUUCUAUUCAAACAAUAAGCUGAUAUGGAAUUCGGAUUGAAGGCUAUUUAACUAUAGCAAAGUGUCGUCAGUAUAACGAAGAAAUUAAUUCAAUUGUAUUAGUUAAUAUAUUGGAAGUGAUCUUUCAAAAGUUGUGUUUAUAUGUGGAUGAAUGGGAGACGUGCUGUUGUCAUUUAGAAUCAAUGUACUUAUGCUUUUGGCUUUUGAUAACAAAAGCAGCAAGAACGUUAUUUUUUGGUUUCAUAUAAUUUAUUUAAAGUGUGCUUGAGCAUGGCAUUGUACAUUAUGUCGACUGGGAUCUGUGUGUGAGUUGAUAAAUGCUUUAAAUUGAA